GUGGACAACAAAGAACCUCGGAAAACUUGCUUUGUAACUUGUUAUUGUUUUCAUUUUUGCUGUGUUUUCUUGGAACGUAAUAGUUUAUGCGUCCACCUUCCUCGGCGGUUAGACGGAGUGAGCUGUCACUUAGUUCAGUGUGCGUUCACUUUCCUUCGCAUCCGACCUGUGGGAUUACUGCUCGACCAGCAUUUCCUUGGAAUUAAAUAUUUUGUUUCGGCAUGCGCAUCCUGGAACCUCCACAGAUUGAAACUCAUCAGAUGCCAUUUGUGUUCCCAGAAAGCUUGGCAUGCGACAUGGAUGUCUUUGUGAAAUCAGAAGGAGGCUUCUCAUCAUUGCUGAGUGGUCCUGAACCUCACAUCGAAUCGGUAUGGAACUGGGGAGAUACCACUGAUGGCAUGUUUGACAAUUUUGGGGUAAGCCAUUUCACUCCACUGCAGAAUGUGACAUACAUCCAGCCUACUGUCUACCAGCCGACCUUCAUGGCUGAAAGCCUACAGGUGCCAGACACACACCUGACGUAUCAGAGCAGUCAGGCGGACAUUGAUCAGAGUACACAGCCGUUUGCACCUUUUCAAACCUCCCUCAGUGACCAGUUAAGCUCCGCUCCCUCAGAGGAAGAUGACUUCCACAAUCUGAACAGCCCUGCCCUUGAAGUUUCAGACUGUGAAUCAGAGGAGACUUUUUCUCCAGGAACUUCGCCCACCACUCGUAGAGGUUCCAGCAUCGGCGGCAACAGCAGCAACAAGAAGCUUCGACUCUACCAGUUCUUGCUGACUCUGUUGCGCUCUGGUGAGAUGCGAGACUGUGUGUGGUGGGUCGACCGGGAGCGAGGAACUUUCCAGUUCUCCUCCAAGCAUAAAGAGGAGCUGGCACAUCGCUGGGGGCAGCAAAAAGGCAACCGUAAGACCAUGACUUACCAGAAGAUGGCACGAGCACUCCGCAACUAUGGCAAGACAGGAGAGAUCCUGAAAGUGAAGAAGAAAUUGACAUAUCAGUUUGACAAAACCUUGCUGCUAAGAAGCUUGCAUAAGUGAGCCAUUGUAGGCAUCCUGUCCACCUGAUUCAGUUGUCACUCCUCAAAUCCCAGAUCUUUGCACCACUGCAGUUGCUACUUUCACACCCCAUUAAGACCACUAUCCUCCGUUGUGUUCCUGAAAAUUAGUAUCACCCAUGAGUCUUCCUGCUGCUGGUAUCACAUCCUCCUGAAGACAUUUGCAAAAAGGGUAGACGUUUAUGCAUUUAGGUUGGGAAAAUCCAUACUUGCUGAGUGCUGAAGGGCUGAAUGGACUUUCAGGCCUCUUAAGUUUCACAUGUGCCAUUGUAUUGCAUUUAAUGUGACUGAGAAUCCUUGCUCAGUGAGAUUUAUGUAGCGUGCCGGCGCCCUCGAAACUUCAAUGGACAAACUGAGCGCUUGGGACCCAGCUGUCACACCAAACACACAACUGAAUCCUAUUUCUGACACUGUUAGAAUCAAGGUCUCAGAUUUCAAUAUUCGGAAAGUGACAUUACCUUAGCACCAUGAAUGGAAGACAAGAGCAAAGUGGAAUCUUGAGAUAGGAAUACAAGAAACCACGGACAUGGCAAAGCAGCAAAAGGUGAGGGAGAGUCGGCCACCAAUGGUGCAUAAACUUCCAGUGCCUACAAGAUACAAAGCUAAGUUACUGCUACAUGUGGCUGCAGCCCACAACUGGAAUAAAAGUGCUCUUUGGAGUCGAGAUGUAAUAUAUUGUGUUGACACUUAUGUGUUUGUUAACAUUAAUAUUUUGUAACUUUUCUAUUCUUUUUCACUGAGGUUUUUUUUGUAUAUAC